UCCUGCUGCCCCACCGGGAGAAGGGGGCAGGAGGAGCAGAGCAGGCAGAUGUGUCAGUGGUUACUGUGUUUGAGUCAUUAUUUGUGUUUGUGUUGUUAUUGCGUUUGCGAGCCGGGCUUCGGCGUGCAGCGCGACUCCGCGCGAAACGGCCCCGGGCGUGCUCUCAGCUGCGAUAAACCACGGCUGGGAGCGGCCUCCAGCAGCUCCUGCAGCUCCACGCCCGCGGCUCCUCUCGUCCCCAGGUGCUACCUGGAAGAUGGAGCCUCCAAGGGCGCCUGGCUGAACCGCUCCAGCAUCAUCUUCGCGGGCAGCGACAAGUGGUCGGUGGAUCCGCGCGUGUCCAUCGCCACGGCCGACAGGAGGGAGUACAGCCUGCAGAUCCAGGACGUGGACGUGACGGACGACGGGCCCUACACCUGCUCCGUGCAGACCCAGCACACGCCCAGGACCAUGCAGGUGCACCUGACCGUGCAAGUCUCUCCCAAGAUUUUCCGGAUCUCCAGCGACAUCGUGGUGAACGAGGGCAGCAAUGUCACCCUGGUGUGCCUGGCCACGGGGAAACCAGAGCCCUCCAUCUCCUGGAGACACAUCUCCCCCUCGGCCAAGCCCUUUGAGAGUGGGCAGUACCUGGACAUCUAUGGAAUUACCAGAGACCAGGCUGGCGAGUACGAGUGCAGCGCAGAGAACGACGUCUCAGUGCCAGACGUGAAAAAAGUAAAAGUGACAGUGAACUUUGCCCCCACAAUUCAGGAACUUAAAUCCAGCGGUGUGAUGCUUGGAGGGAACGGCCUGAUCCGCUGUGAAGGUGCAGGAGUGCCUGCCCCGGGCUUUGAGUGGUACAAAGGAGAGAGGAAACUGAUCAAUGGUCAACAAGGAAUCACUAUUAAAAAUUAUAGUACAAGAUCCCUUCUUACUGUUACCAAUGUGACAGAAGAGCACUUUGGCAACUAUACUUGUGUCGCCACCAACAAGCUAGGGACGACCAAUGCCAGCCUGCCUCUCAACCCUCCCAGCACAGCCCAGUACGGGGUCACCGGGCACGCCGAGGUGCUGCUCUCCUGCUGGUCCCUGGUGCUGGCGCUCUCCUCGCUCAGCAGCGCCUUCUACCUGAAGAGCAUCCUCCUGCGCCACCUGUGACACGCCUGGGACACGCCUGGGACACGCCUGGGACACGCCUGGGACACCCAGCGAGGCUUCUCGGGAUUCUCUGGAAGCGCUGACGCCGGACCCGCUCUGGUAGAGUUUGCUCAAAGCAGCGUGGGAUGGAAUCAGUGCUUACACGGGGAUGAUCGCCUUCUGUAGAAUUGCUCAUUGUGUAAAUACUUUAAUUCGACUCCUUUUUUCUUUUUU